GUUCUCCAGCUCUACUCAGCAACAGACAUCCUCUGACAGUCCUGCCUGCCCGCUCCGUCACGUCGGCCGUGAGGUGCGACAAUCGUGCGGUGAGCUGACUGAAUAAGUCACCAGCAAUCCCGCAACGCGGGUGCAACACCCGUCAAGCACCCCGAGCACGCCGUCAACAUAAAUUCGCGACUACCAUCGCGCUAUCAAGAAAUCACCCAACUUUCUCUACGACCCCAUGUUGUAUUUCGCGAGCCCAAUCCAAGCCGACAUGAUUAGAAGACCACAGAGGUCAGAUAGUUUUCAGCUAGGAACCGAUUCACAAGAUGCCAUGCUAGCAAAUUUACCGGAGGAGCUGCAUGACAUGCGGCGCGUUCAGGCGUAUGGACAAGAGGAGGAUCUAAAGGAGGCGCUAGGGAAAAUGAUCGGACGUGUCGAGCAGCUAAGUGCAAUGCUCAACCAGGCUCAAAAAAGCCAGAUCGAACUCGAAACAAAUCUCAAACUCGCGAGAUCAAAUUUGCAACUCGCACUAGCGAACAAUGAAAUGCUCGAAGAUGCACUGCGGCGAGAAAGUGCAAUCGGGAGUAAGGACGUAGGGUGGCGACGUCGCAGCGACCGGCCAGACUCUAGACAAGGACACCACCAGAAAGAGCUCUCCGACGGAGGGUCUCGACCUCCUUCAAGACAAGGUUAUGGGUCGGCGCAGACAACACCAACGAGCGACGUGAUGGCAUCCCCGAGUGUGCCGGAGUCGCCCAUUGUGAAGCCCGCAACUUCACCGGUUCCUGACAAGCCGCAGCAGCAGGACUCGCGCUUUUUCCGGUUCCGCUUUGGUUCGUCCUCGGCAUCGACGAGUCCGAACCCGAAUGCCGGUCCCUCGCGCCCUCGCACGCCUCCCGCGUCAGCGGGGGCUAUCCCCGGAGCACGUCGGCCCGUUGAUGUACUCCGCGAACGGGACGCAUCUCAUCUUACGAGUGCUUCACUUCCAAGCCUUGUUGCAAGUAAUAACAAACGCGAAGACGAACUCGUCGCGGAGCUUGCUUCCGUAAACGCAAAGCUCGAGAAAGUAUCCAAGGAGAAGAGCACACUCGAGCAGGAGGUUGAGGGACUCAGCCAGGCUCUAUUCGAGGAGGCAAACAAAAUGGUCGCACAGGAGCGAAUCAAGUGCGCAGAGAUUGAAGAAGAACUUCGACAGGUCCGACAAGAGAAAGAGGCAUUGAAGAGCGCGAUGCGAAUAGUUGAGCAGGAGAACGAACGUCUCAAAAGUCCUAUUCCAGCUUCAACUUCAACAGCUUCCUUGCCUAACGCGUCUACAAGUUAUCCGGCCAUUGUAGAAGAUGAUUCUACCCCACGGGGUUCACGCCCUAUCUCACACGUUCGUCGGAGAAGCCAGGGUGGUAGCAUUAGCUCCAGAGGACAUUCAUCCCGCGCGGCAUCAAUAAACGAAGAAGAGCACGUCACACGACCGAGAUCCACAUCCUCGACUCGAGGCUUCCGACAGAAGUCGAGCUCAUCAGAACGAGGCUGGGAGUCUUCACCCUCACAUGCGUCGAUUCCUCUACCGGAUUCGGACGCAAGUUCUGUGGUCUCUGAGAAGGAAGCAGGUGUGAAGAGUGACCUGUCUGGUGGUGUCAGGAAGGGUGAAAGUGGAGAAACGAAGGACGCGAAUGUGCCCGAGGUACUAUUGACUUCGCCCACGUUUCCAGACUUGCCAUUUGAGGAUUCGCCAUGGACUCGUUUAUGACGAGUCACUUUCUAGAGUCGCGAUGUGCCUAUUGUCUCACCGUUCUAUUUUCUGGGCACAUUUUUCUUCGUUUUUUUGCCGUUUAAUUGCCGUUUAAAUGUUCAAUCCCGCAGGUCCUCUGGGAGGGCAUGCGCAGAAUUAACGUUAAUAUUUGAAGUAUUAAGUUAAAUAAGUAUGUAUGUAUCAGUA